GAAUUAUAUCUUACAGAUUACAAAAUGGCUGGAACGAUGUUGUUGUUGUUGAUGUUAAUUUUUAUUUAACGUGUAUAGUUUAGUGUCAAAGUUUAGUAAUUAUAUUUAGAUGAAUUCUGCUUGUUUAGAAAUGCCUCCUGGAUUAUCCACUUUAAAGAGAGGUAGCAUCCAACUACAAAAAGCUGCUAAAGUUGUGAAUGAUCAAAUUGGCAAUCGACAAGUCUUAGUAGUAUUCGUUCUCACGGGAUUUGUUUUAUGUGGGGUAGUAGAGCAAAGCGCAUUUGUAGCUUUGCGCGCCAAUAGUACAUCUAACUAUUCAGCUGCAGAAUUUGCUGAAUAUGUGGAAAAUACAAGUUAUAUUACGAGCUAUUGUCAGCCACCUGGUCAUAUGGAGAAUAAUAAGAAAGAUGUACAUGUUGUAAGAUCCAUUCCACAUAUCGAGAUUCCAAUGACACGAACGGAUGAAACAGAAGCGGCUUUACGACAAGCCUUUAUGUGGGGAACACUAAUUUCCCCAUUAGCAGCAAGCAGGGUAGCGGCAAGAGUGGGUGCUGAAAAACUUUUUGGAGCAGGAGUAUUAGGAGCAGGAAUUCCAUCAAUAAUGGUACCGGCUUCUUGGUUGACAGCAUAUCACGUCUUUAUCAGAUUCAUUCAAGGAGUUUUUAUGGGUGCUACUUGGCCUGCAGCUCAUAUGCUGGCAGUAACUUGGAUCAAACCGAAGCAUGUUAGUGGCUUUGUUUCACUUUAUACAGCUGUGAAUCUUGGAUACGCUAUAGUAGGAAUCUUGGGAAGUUUUCUCGUCAAGAAACUCGGACGAGAUUGGUUAAGCUAUGUUAUAUCUCUAACUACGUUUCUAUGGUAUUUUUUAUGGUGGAGGUUUGUUGAGCAAUCACUCAAUCCAUAUAGACCAAAAAGAGAUGAGCACCGACAUUUACCGUGGAGACGACUAUUAGCUUCCAAACCGGCAUGGGCAUGUGGAAUAGCAGUUAUUGGUAGUCAGUGGGCAGACGCCACGCUAAUGCUUGGAAUCACUAAAUAUUUGAAACUAGUGUAUGGGUUUUCUAUAGAAUACGAAGACGUUUUACAAUCACUGCCCCACAUUGGUCAUUUUUUUGCUGCCAUUACUUUUGGUAUUGUUGUAGAUCACGUUCGAGAAUCAGGAUUGAUAUCUACUACAACAUCCCGGAAGUUUUUUGUGUAUUUAUCACAUUUCCCUCCGGCUGCUUUGAUAUUCGUUUUGGGGUAUACGGGUUGCGAUCCUGCUGCCCCUGCAGCAUUAUAUACUGCAGCGUUAGCAAUGACUGGAGCAACACCGGCUGGAGCUUUUGCCAGUGCUGCAGAUAUCGCUCCAAAUUUUGCUGGAACUGUCUUCGGUCUAUGUCAAACAGUUGGUGCCGCUGGACUGCUAGCAGCAAAUUAUGUAGUAUCUGAGGGACUUCAUGGCUCAUUUGCUGGAUGGUGGCGAUUGGUUUUUGGUGUAUCGUCUGCAGUCCUUCUUGUAACCGCAACGUUUUUCAUGGUAAUGGGAAGUGGUUCAAUACAAGACUGGAAUGAGCCUGGAAAUGCUCAAUCUGAACCUGAAUAUGAGGAAGAACCUUCAAGGCUUGAAUCAGUACUUGAAUAAAUUUUCCAACAUU